CCCUCGUCGCUCCGGCAACAGCGUCCCGGAGAUGCCGAAUUGGCGGGGCCUCGGCGGCCCGGCGGCCUGGGGUCCACUCUCAGCUUCGGGCCCAGAGAGGCGGAGACACAAACCCGGGCCGGGCCAUCUGCUUCUUCCAGUGUACAAAGACCUUCUGCGGCAUCCACUCUGUGAUCCUUACAGCUGACCAGUACCUGGAGACAGAACCAGCUUCACAGGAUGUUCCAUAGCCUGGGGCCUGCCCAGCUCAGGAGCCUGGUGUUCACAAGACAGUUGAUUUAAUAAGGCUUCUUUACAGAAUUAUCAAACUCAGGAGCAGUGUAUCUAGAGAGAAAUGAAACGUAUUAGCACCCCCCAAAAUGCUGCCACCGCCACCAACAAAUCGACCAGUACCCACGCCAGGGCCUUAAUGAAUAAGAUGGAGGUCCUACCAAGCUGGCAAUCUCUGUACCCUCAGUCGCGGAGGUCCACACAUUCAAGGCCGCACUCUUCACCGUGUAGAGCUCCCUCAAAAAGCAGCUGCCAGGACCAGUUCAGACCUUCCUCUUCUACCUCAACCACAGCCGUUGCAAAUCCAACCUUGUCUUCCUCGGAUAUUAAGCAGAUUCUAUUUCAAAAAAUUUCUGAUAAAAGGAAUGAAUUGAAAAAGGUCUUCCAGAUGCUCGAUGUGGGACAGAACCAGACCGUGAGCAAGAAUGAACUGAGAAGAACCAUUACCACUUUCCUGCUGCCGCUCACCAGAGAACAGUUCCAAGAUGUGCUGGCUCAGCUCCCUCUGACCAGCUCUGGGAAAGUGCCAUACAUGGAAUUCCUGUCCACAUUUGGAGGGAUUGACCUGAACAUAAACGUUAUAAAGAGGGGAAAUGGAAGUGAAAUGGAUUGCUGCCGGACACUGAAAGAACUUGAAUGCCAGCUUGGAGAGAAGGUUUACAAGAACAAGCGCGCGAUUGCCAAGGCCUUCCAGCUCAUCGACGUCAACGGCGCGGGGCGGGUGCGUCCCCAGGAGCUGAGGCGGGUCCUGGAGACCUUCUGCCUGACGAUGAAGGACGAGGAGUACCAGAUGUUUUCCAAGCACUACAACCUUGAUCAAGACACUACAGUGGAUUACAAUGUGUUCUUGAAGGACCUCGACAUCAGCAAUGACCUGAAUGCUCGGUAUCUAAUAGGGAAUCAAGAGAUCCCAAGGGAGAGUCCAUCAAGCAAAAGUUCCUUGAGGGAACCAAUCCUUGGUUCUGAGUCAUCUGAAAAUAUGUGGAAAAAUUGCUCCUUGGAUGACAUUCAAAAUAUCUUUAGCCAAGAGCUUUUGAAGUCCUACCUAAAGAUUGAGAAAGCCCUGAGCGCGGGGGACCCCUGCAGAGGCGGCUACGUCUCCCUCAACUACCUGAAGGUGGUCCUCGACACCUUCGUCUUCCCCCUCCCCAGAAGGAUUUUUAUCCAGUUAAUGAGAAGGUUUGGAUUUAAAACCACUGCUAAGAUCAAUUGGAAGCAAUUUUUAACAUCAUUUUAUGGUCAGCAGGGGUCGCAAACUACUAACGCACCACCCCCCAAAAGAAGAAAUAGUGUCAGCCCUCAAAGCAGAUUUCGCAAGGAAAACGUUAUCAGGAAGUUAUUUAAGCACUCGGAAGACCGCUCCAUGUCACUGAAGAAAGCGUUACUGAAGAGCAACACUACACCUGAUGGACAGAUGAAGUGGGGAGAAUUCCGGCACAUUCUCGACUGCAUGGUUGUCAAGUUAAGUGACUUAGAAUUCAAGGAACUGCGGCAGGCAUUUGACCCUGAGGACCUGGGCACGGUCAACAUCAGCUCCUUUAUGGAUCUGCUGGAGGACGCCCCCAGGGUGAGAAAAAUAUGCCUGAACACGGAGACCAACAAGAUUCCUCUGCCCCUGGCCUGGGACUCGGUCGAAGAGAAGGUGCAGGAUGCAAUUGCUAAGGAUCAACCCGCUUUUUACAACAUGCUGCAGUCCUAUGACCUCGGGAACACAGGGGUCAUUGGUCGACCUAAUUUCAAGAAAGUCAUGCGUGUAUUCUGCCCAUUUUUAACCAAUGAGCAUUUCAUGAAACUCUGCAACAAGUUUCAUGAUGCAGCCUCAGGACGGAUCCUUUACAAGAAGCUCGUGGCGCACUUGGGAGCUCGCGGCCGGCCGGACGUCUCCCCGCCAACGAAGGACAAGUCAGGUGGACAGGCUCAGAAACACGAGUCAAAGAACGGCAGUCUGCCCAGGAGCACCCCAUCCUCGGAGACUAAAACCAGCAGGGCGAAGACCGUCACCAAGGAAGAGGCCAUCGACAGACUCAGGCGCUGCAUCCAGCAGCAGGACCCGCUCUUCCGAAGGCGGUUUCUGGACAUCAGCAAGGAUGUGGACCGGAAGAUCGCCAAGCAGGACUUCCGGAAGGUCCUGGAAGUCAGUGGGAUGCCCAUGGACGACGCCCAGUUUGCUGAGCUCACCUCCAAGCUAGGCUACAGGAAGGAGGGGAUGAGCUACCUGGACUUCGCAGUGGGAUUUGAAGAUUCUAAAAUGAGCCGGCCAGCGACACCGCCAACUGUCUCCCCGCUUCCCUCCAAACCUUCCCUGAACAGCCACUUCAUAACCGCCGAGGAGUGCCUGAGACUCUUCCCCAAGCGCCUCAAGGAGUUUUUCCGGGACCCCUACUCCGCCUUCUUCAAGAUAGACACGGACAUGGACGGCCUAAUCAGCAUGCAUGACUUCUACAGACUGCUGCUGCAGCUGCUGCUCAACUUGAAAGACGACGAGUUCGAGCGCUUCCUCGGCCUCCUCGGCUUGAGACUUAGUGUCACUUUAAACUUCCGGGAAUUUCGGAACCUCUGUGAGAAGAGACCCCUCAGGAUGGAUGACGCACCCCAAAGACUCAUAAGAUCCAAACAGAAAGUUGCGGAUUCAGAACUAGCCUGUGAACAGGCUCAUCAGUAUCUUGUUACCAAAGCAAAAAACAGAUGGGCAGACUUGUCUAAGAACUUCAUCGAGACAGACUCCGAGGGCAACGGCAUCCUCCGGCGGAGGGACAUCAAGAACGCCCUGUACGGUUUCGACAUCCCCCUCACGCCGCGGGAAUUCGAGAAGCUCUGGCACAGCUACGACACCGAGGGCAAAGGCUACGUCACUUACCAAGAGUUUCUACACAAGUUGGGUAUUAGCUUCUUGCCUGCGGUCCACCGGCCCUAUACAGAGGACUAUUUCAACUUCCUGGGCCACUUCACGAAGCCCCAGCAGCUCCAGGAAGAAAUGCAAGAGCUGCAUCAGGCCACAGAGAAGACCAUGCUGGCCAGGGCUAAGCUUAUGGAACAUUAUAAAGAGAUCAGCAAAGCUCUCAGCACGCAAGACAAGGCCAGGACCGGCUCUCUGUCCCUCUCCCGGCUGCAGAGGCUGCUGCAGGACUGUGGCUGCCCCCUGAAGGAAGAGGAGCUCACCCGGGUUCUCAGCAGCCUGGGUCUGGGCCUGCGUGACAAUUCUGUCAACUACCUGGACUUCCUGAGAGCCCUGGAGAGCAGCGCGGCGGCCCGGUCCCAGUCCCGGGACAAGGACAGAACGCCCACCGACUUCUCCACGCUGAGCCCCGAGGAGCUCGUGAGGAGCAUCCAGUGUCUGGUCAGCUGCUCCCAGCAGGCCUUGCUCCAGGCUUUUUCUGCUGUGGAUAAAGAAGACACGGGGUUUGUGAAGGCCACGGACUUCGGGCAAAUCCUUAAGGACUUGUGUUACAAACUUAGCGAUAAUCAAUAUCAUUAUUUUUUGAGGAAAUUGAAGAUUCAUCUCACCCCUUCCAUACACUGGAAAUACUUCCUCCAGAACAUCAUCUCUUUCACAGAGGAGGCUGCCGACGAGUGGGCCGAGAAGAUGCCCAAAGACGUCCCCCCCCCGUCUCCCAACACGGCCGGCCGAGACAUCCUGGCGCGUCUCCACAAGGCAGUGACAACGCACUACCACACCUUCGUCCAGGAGUUCGAGAACUUCGACACCAUGAAAACCAACACCAUCGCCAGAGACGAGUUCAGGUCCAUCUGUACCCGCCACGUGCAGAUCCUGACGGACGAGCAGUUUGACAGGCUCUGGGCUGAGAUGCCUGUGAACGCCAGAGGCAAGCUCAAGUACCAGGAGCUCCUGAGCCGGUUCAGCACGGAGAGGCCAGCCUCCCCCGCCGCCACCCGGGACUCCAUCACGGCCCAGCGGGGGAGCAGCGCCCCCGAAAUGUCAGAGUCCAGAUGUGUCAGCCUGCCCAACCGAGAGGCGAAAACAGGGCCGAAAGGGCGGAGUCAUCCUUCGACCCCCACCCUGGGCACCCCGCCCCUGCAGAACUGCGAGGCCAUCGAGACGAAGCUCCGGAAGCAGAUCCAGGGCUGCUGGCGCGAGCUGCUGCGGGACUGCAAGGAGAGGGACGCGGACAAGCAGCGGAGCAUCGCCGCCGCCGACUUCCUGGCCCUCGUGGAGAAGUACUGCCUGGACGUCAGCCCGGAGGAGAGCCAGCAGCUCCUGGUGAAGUACGACCUGAGGAACGACAGGCGGUUCGCUUACUGCGACUUCAUCCAGAACUGCGUGCUGCUGCUGAAGGCCCAGGGGGCGCCGCUGACGCACAGGAUGAAGAUCCAGAACGCCAACAAGAUGAAGGAGCCCGGCGUCGACACGCCUUCCUUCUACUCGGCCCUGCUGCGCAUCCAGCCCAAGAUCCUGCACUGCUGGAGGCCCAUGCGGCGCGCGUUCAAGGCCUACGACCAGGGCGGCACCGGGCUGCUGAGCGUCACCGACUUCCGCAAGGUGCUGCGUCAGUACAGCGUCAACCUGUCGGAGGAGGAGUUCUUCCACGUGCUGGAGUACUAUGACAAGACGCUGUCCUCCAAGAUCUCCUACAACGAUUUCCUGCGGGCCUUCCUCCAGUAGGC